AUGCAAUCCAUACCAUUUGUAAAAUCACACAGAAGAACAGCAUCAGGCAGAAAAAUGAUGGAUAUUUCAAUCGAUGUUGAGGCUUUAACCAACGAUGAAAAACUGUCCAGGUCAUUACAUACCGGUGUUAGAAGAAGAUCUUCGGUUGUGGAUAGACCAAGAUUAUUUGAAUGGUUUAUAGUAAUUGGUGUACCCCCACUCGAAGGAAACUCAACAACAUCAUUAAAUAAUACAUCGUCACCCAACACAUCCCCACCACUAUCAUCAUCAACACCUGCAGCAAGUAAACCAUCACUAAUUAGAUCAUCGUCACCAAUUCCAUUUUUAUCAUCAUCAUUUUCAUCACCCCCAACUCACAAUACAACACCUCCUCUUUUUUCUAAUAAUAAACCAGAGCAACCUAAAAUUCUUUAUCAAUAUCCACCUGAUAAACCAUUAAAUAAUCUGUCAGUAGAGUUUUUCCCAUUCCCAAAUGGUAUUAAUGUAUCCACAGUAUCACAAACUGCAUCACACACAAAUCUUUUCCAAGUUUUAUAUCAACAAAAGAAUUUAAAACAACCUGAAGACUCUUUUGUUUUUAUGAUGACUGAUGAAAAGAAAGACGUUUUAUAUGGUGUAUGCACAACUAAAACAUCAUCUAUUGGAACACUAGCUAAGGGACAACGUUUUGAAGUAGAUAUCGAUGAUGAACCAUGCGACGAUGAAAGUAUUCCUCAAGUUGGUGAUGUUAUCUAUACUGCACCUAGAUGCUUUUGUAUCAUUACAAAAUAUCCAUUCUUUCCUUUACACUUUGAUAUAAUAAAUGGAUUGUUGGCACUUCAACAUAUGCAAGAAAUUACCAAAUUCCAAAACUUAAUCUCAUUAUCAUCAACAAAAAGAAAUUUAAAAAAACAGCAACAACAACAAUCAUUAUCAGCUUCACCUCAUACUUUAUCUACAUCCCAUCAAAACAAUAAUAAUAAUAAUAGUAGUAAUAAUUUAUCAGCAACAACUACAAUUAUUGUAACAUCAACAGAUUCCCCAACACCAAUUGAAGAUCCAUUAGUUAAUAAUUCAGGAUUUAGGGUUAAAGAAAGACCAAUUUUAGAACUUAUUGAAUAUUUCUAUAAUCAUCCAGUACCAAACUUUGGACAAACUGUAUCAUAUCAUAUCAAAGUUUUAGGUGAACAAACCAUAAAAUUUAAAAGAGCACUAAAGACAGAUGGCGCCAACAAUGGCUCAAGAUCACCAGCAAUCAACCAAAAUAAUUUGGACUAUAGUGAUUUUAUGUUAAAAUAUGGGUUAUUUACCACUAUUCAAUUGGUUCAACCAAAAACCUUAAUAAUAUUAUUAAAUUCAAUUUUAUUAGAAAAAAAAGUAAUUUUUUAUUCAAAAACUAUUAGAGUUUUAACUUCUGUAAUUUUUUCACUUAUUUCAUUAUUAUCUCCAUUUAGUUAUCAAUCAGUAAUAUUACCAUUAUUACCCAAUUCAGUAUCAUCAUUAUCAGUACAAGAUUUAUUGGCAGCACCAGUACCCUAUAUUAUUGGUUUAACAGAAAUGCCUAAAGAUGUAGAUUUCUCUGAUAUCGUGCUCUAUGAUAUUGACUCUGCCAAAUUAACAUGCACCAAUAAAGUAAUGUUGUUCCCACACUGGGAAGAUUUAUUAGCCGUUUUCAAUACAGCAUUAAAAGAUAUUAAACAAACUAUAACCUCAAAGAAAACUACUUUCAUACCAAACGAAGAUCAAGAACAAAGGUUAAAUCCAUUCAUAUCAGGUAUAAAUAAUCAUUUAGAGAAACUUUUCGAAAACUUUAAGAGACAUUGUGUUAGAAAUGUUACAGAGCAAAAGUCAAUUUCCAUCUUUGUUAAAGAAUCUUUUAUAUUUACCGAGUUUCCAGACUUUGAAGAGCAUCAAGAUUGGAUGGGUGAAUUUUUAAAAACAUUAAUGUUUUCAGUAUUUUUGGAUCAAAAAUUACGUUUAGAAGAUAAUGACCAAUUAGAAGACAGUAUUUAA